UGAUAGCAAUGUUGUGAAGUUACUUCCGGAAAUGAACGACGUUGUGUUGCAGUAGUGUUUCUCACGAUAAAAGUCAGAUAGAUCGCUGUUUAGGUUAAGACAAAUUCUAACAAUCUGCGAAUACAAAGACUCAGAGAAGUAUCGAAGUUCUUUUUAAGUACUGAUUUUAAAAGCUGGGAUGAAGAAUUUUCCAAUUAACUUUAGCUUAUUUAAUUGCAGGUAUUGGAAAUUCCACAGUAAAAAGGAAGACAUAUUUAUUAGACAUCGAAGUGCAAUAAGCGGUAGACAAAUACAUUUAAAUUGUCCUUAAUUUAACAGGUUUUGAAUACUUCUAUGUGUAUCUGAAUUUAAUCGCAUUGCAAAGAGAUUUGCAUUUUGCACUGCUUCGCGUCGUUGAAGGUUGAGUUUGUGACGGGCCGCUGUGUUCGCGGCUGAAGGGGAGGGUUUGUUUGUUGGGAUAGGGUAGGGCUAGUUCUAACUUAGCUAGCAGCUAGAUAACUGUUUAUUCAAGUUCCAUAAAGGUUGAUACGUCUGGAAAGCGUAACUUCUAUGCUUCCUUGAAAUUGUCUGUGCGAUAUUGCUAGCUGGUUAGAUUUAUCCUGUGAGAUAGUUACUGUGCCUAUUAUGUUGAUGGUGUAACCAAAAGGUCAGUAGGCCAAUUAUUAGCUAACGUUACCGCCAACCAACGUAAACCUUUAUUGUUUGGGGUCUGACAGUUAGCUAGGUCGUGUUAGCUAAGUUAUCUAGUCACAACAGGUAACUCAGGACUGUUGAGUUUCACUCCAACGUUGUCUUUUGACGGGUUGAAAAGAAAAAUGAAACUUUUAGAGAAUUCAAGUUUUGAAGCCAUCAAUUCCCAGCUCACAAUUGAGACGGGAGACUGUCAAAUCAUUGGAAGGAUCGAGAGCUACUCCUGUAAAAUGGCAGGAGAGGACAAGCAGAUGUUCAAGCAAUUCUGUCAGGAGGGCCUUCCUCACGUUUUGGAGGCCCUGUCACCUCCUCAAACCGCAGGCAUUAGUCCCAAUAAACUGAGCCACAGUCAGAGCGGAGAUGAAGGUGAAGGUCCACUGUCUGACAAGUGCAGUAGGAAAACCCUCUUUUACCUGAUUGCCACCCUUAAUGAGUCCUUCCGCCCAGACUAUGAUUUUAGCCGGACCAAAGGGCACGACUUCAGCAGAGAGCCCAGCCUGAACUGGGUGUUUAAUGCUGUGAAUAGCAGUCUGUCUGCAGCAGCAGGAGAGGCCUAUAGCAGACUGCAGCCUCUCCUCUGGGAGGCCAUCGAUACAGAGAUCUGCCUCUCUGAGUGUGACAUUUACAGCUAUAACCCAGACUUGGACUCAGACCCUUACGGUGAAGAGGGCAACCUGUGGUCCUUCAACUACUUCUUCUACAACAAGAAACUGAAGAGGAUUGUGUUCUUCACCUGCCGCUCAGUCAGUCUCUUCAUGGCUCCACGAGAUUCUGGGAUCGGGAACGAUCUUGAUCUAGAGCUGGACGAAGACUAUGAGGAAGAGGAGAACAUGGAUGAGGAGAGGUGUGGAGCUGUGUGUGCACAGUGAGGAUGAGGAUGAGGCUGAAGCCGCCUUCUGCCUCCGCAGAUAAUGUCUAGAGUUGGGAAUGACGGUCCCCCAUCCCAUUCCUCUGCACUUCCACAACUCAGUAUUUGGGUCACAACCCUGAGUGCCACCCUCAUGAUUUCGUUCGUCCUUGUGAUUCCUCUGUAAGCCAGAUGGCAAGCAGCUCUUGACUUGGUGUGUGUGUGUGUGUAUGUGAGA